CUCUACGUCGAUAUGUCAGAAAUCAGUUUAUUACCACCAGCAGAUUUCCAUUGCCAUCUAAGGCAGUCUGAGAUGUCAGAUUUGGUUACACCACUCGUCAGUGAAGGCGGUGUAGAAACUUGUUUAGUUAUGCCAAACACUCAACCACCUAUUACUACAACUGAUAUGGCUGUAGAAUAUCGUAAUAAGUUGCAAUCUUUAGCCAAGAACGUUCAAUUUGUUAUGACACUUUACUUAUCACCUUCACUCACGCCAGAAGAAAUACGUAAAGCAGCUGCUAAUGGCAUAACAGGUGUUAAAAGCUAUCCUAGGGGUGUCACAACCAAUUCCGAUGGUGGAAUUGAGUCAUAUGAAGUUUAUUAUCCUGUUUUCGAAGCUAUGGAACAGGAGAACAUGGUCCUUAACUUACACGGUGAAGUACCUUCCUCUGAAGAAACUGGCGUUACCGUUUUAAACGCAGAGGAACGCUUUUUACCACAACUUGAUAAGCUCGCAAGGUCAUUCCCUAAAUUACGUAUUGUAGUUGAACAUGCCACUACGAAGGCUGCUGUAGAGAAAGUCAAGUCAUUACCAGAUAACGUUGGAUGCUCUAUUACACCACACCACCUUCAACUCAUAGUAGACGAUUGGGCUGGACAGGGUUUCAACUUCUGCAAGCCAGUAGCAAAAUACUGGGAAGACAGAAAUGCUCUCCGCGAUGUCAUCAGAGAAGGACAUCCACGCUUUUUCUUGGGUUCUGAUUCAGCUCCUCACCCAAGAGCAAACAAAUUGAAUAAAGCUCCAAGAUUUAUUGCUGAAACUCAAGAAUCCGUACCUGCUUGCGCUUGUGCAGCUGGUUUGUUCACUUCAGCGAUAUUAAUCCCGCUUUGUGCACACCUUUUGGAAUCAUUCGGAGCACUCGAUAACCUCGAAGGAUUUGUUAGUAAAAAUGGUAGAGCAUUCUAUCAAAUUCAACCAAAAGCUGAUAGUAAGCCUGUGAAAUUGGUAAAAGAAGACAAUGUAGUACCAAUUGAGUACACAAAAGGCGAUAACAUUGUCGUACCAUUCAUGGCAGGUAAUAAAAUUAGUUGGAAAAUUGUAAAUUAAAUUUAUAUUUCACUUUUAC